AUGGCGCCACUCAAUAUAUUUAGAAUUGAAUUGGGUGCCAUGGCGCCAAGUUUCUUCAAAACCUUGGGCGCCAUGGCGCCAGCAUCACUGUCCAUUUUUUUCAAUUUGGGCGCCAUGGCGCCUGCCUCCCUGCAACCAUUCUUUCUCACAGAAUCCCACAUAACAGAUCAAGAUUCCAAGAAAGGACUGUUGAGGAUCGAGGACAGGAGUGGCGUCCAACAGAGGAAUUCAUUGCCUGCUGGCCUUCUAGAAUCUAUGGAAAAGUUAGCUGAUGAAAUGCGCCAGUGGAGUGGUGAACAACUAGCAGAGCAUCUUUAUAAAAUGCUAAAGGGUUAUAAUUAUCUUAUUGUAAUGAAUGAUCUGUGGGAUGCUAAAAUCUUGGACGAUAUGAAAAGAUUAUUUUCGGAUGACAGAAAUGGAAGUCGAAUUAUGCUGACUACUAGGCUAGAGAACGUGGCUAUUGAAGCCAAUUCUUGUCUACCCCCUCAUCACAUGCGUUUCCUUAGAGAGGAAGAAAGUUGGAAUUUACUUCGUGGGAAGGUAUUUGGAGAAGGUUGUUGUCCUCCUGAACUCAAGGAAAUUGUAAUCAAGAUUGCACGGAAGUGCCAUGGACUUCCACUUGCAAUUGUUGUGAUUGGUGGGAUCCUGUCAAAGGCCGAGAAGACAGAAGAAUAUUGUUACUUUCACUUGCCUCAUCAUUUGAAAGCCUGUUUUCUUUCCUUGGGAAUCUUCCUAGAAGGUGCUAAUAUUCUUGUCUCCACACUAUUCAAGUUAUGGGACACUGAAGGAUUCCUAACCCCUUCACGAUCUAAAAGCUUGGAAGACGUUGCUGAAGAGUACUUGUUGGAUCUUGUUAACAGAAGCCUUAUUUUGGUUCAUAAGCAUAGGUCUAAUGGUAAAAUUAAAACUUGUGGAAUCCAUAAUCUCUUACGGGACGUAUGCGUAAGAGAAGCUCGAGAGGAGAAGUUGUUUCAAGUUGCCAAUAGGUUCCACUUAUGUGUUGCGGAAGGCAUUAUUCUGUGCAGCAUAAGUAUCUAUUCAAAUAUAGAAAUUCUUCAUUCUGAUGCCAAAAUAGUGCCAACUUCACCGCUAAAGUCUAUUUUAUCUUUUUAUUGGAAUCUCCCUCAUUCAUUCAUUGUCUCUUUAAAUUUUAGGCUGAUCAAGGUAUUGCACAUGUUGAGUGUGCAAUUUUUUUCAAUUUUUGCCAACAUAGUUGAACUAGUUAGCUUGCAGUACCUUGCUUGCUUCCUUGGAGUUGAUUGGCUUUUGUCAUCAAUAUCACGACUUCAGAAUUUACAGAGCUUGUUUCUUUAUGUUCAAGGGGAUUCAAUAUAUCUACCAUUAUGGAGGAUGCCACUAUUAAGGCAUAUCUGGUUGACAGCAGUAAACCUGCCUGAUCUUGCAAUAACAGAGGGAGAAAUUCUUAUGUUCUCGAAAAUCUUCAAACACUAUCCAGCAUAA